AUGAUUAGUAAUAACAUAAUAAAAAUUAGAAAAUUAAAAAUUAAUUCAAAUAAAUUUUUUAAUAAUACAAUCAAUACAAAAAGAGAUUUUAGUAGUACAUCAACCUCACCACACUUGGAUGAAGAAGUUGACCCAAAGAAUAAACAACAAACACCACCACCAAUAACAUCAUCACCAUCAACAGCAACUCCAAAUAUUUUAGAUAUACCAACCACUUCAAUACCACCAAAACCAAAAUGUUGGUGUGUUUUAAGUUGUAAAUUAGUUGGAAAAAGAAUAGAAUCAUCACUAAUUAAACCAAUUAAAUAUGAAGAUGAAAGAGCAAUUUUAUUACAACAACAAAAACAAAAACAGCCAACUUCAACACCACAAUCACAAUAUAAAUUAGAUUUAAAUUUACCAUUAUCAGCAAGUAGAAAACAAUUAAUUAAAGAGAUGAUUUCAGCUAAAGAUCAAUAUGUAACAGAGCAAAAACAAGAAGAACAAAUAGAAAAGGAAAGAUUAGAAAAAGAAAAAGAAAAAGAAAAUAAACUCUUUAGAACUGAUGAUAAUGGAGAUGAAAGAGAUUUCCCAGUAUUAACUGAUGACGAUACUUCAAUUGGUCCAAUUCAUAUACUUUAUAAAAAUCAAUGGAUUAGUACAAUCGUUGAAAGAAUUGAACCACAAAAUAAAGAUAAUGAACCAUCAUUCAUUUUAAAAAUUAAAACACCAAUUAAAUUAUCAAGCGAAUUUACAUUUUCUUUUGAAAGUAUUCAUUCAACAUUAGAUAGAUUAUUAACAACUGGUAAAGUUAAAGCAGAUUGUGAUUUUGAUAAAAUUUUUAUAACGACAGUUGGUAAUGAUAAAAAUAAAGAAUUUACAAAUUGGAUCAAUACAAAUGAAGAUAAUAAUAAUAAUAGUAAUAAUAAUAGCGUUAAUGAAAAUGGUGAUAAUGUAAGAAAAUGUUUAUUAUUAAAAGAGGCUUUAACACGUUUAAAGACUGAAUUAUUACCAUCAAUUGGUUUCAAUGAUUGUCCAAUUGAUUUAGCUUUAUCAAAAGAUAGUAUUGUAGGUUGUAAAGAAGGUCGUACAAAUUUAGAAUUCCCAAAUGGUACUUAUCAAUUGGUAUUAGAAAUUGAUUCAAACGAGGAAUCAAUUUGGGCUAAAAGUCCUGAAUCAGUAGAAAAAAUUUUAUAUUUAUAUACAAUGAUGUUAGAUAGUGUUGUAUCAAUGGGUCAUACCAAUGAUGUACCACUAACAGUAUCAUAUUUAUAA